CCGCGCGCCGCACCGCGUGUGCGUUCGUUUCGUGCCCGUCGAAUUCGCCGCGAACACGGCCGAAAACGAGGGCCAAGCCAUGGUGUCCGUGGGCUCGUGGAGGCGCCGCACGCCCGACGAUUGCGAGGAGCGCUCCGAGCCCGGCGCCUCCAGCUCUGCCGUGCCGCGUGCGCCGCCGAACUGCGCGCGCUGUCGGAACCACCGUCUCAAGAUAGAGCUGAAGGGCCACAAGCGGUACUGCAAGUACCGCAACUGUACUUGCGAGAAGUGUAUACUGACUGCUGACCGGCAGCGAGUGAUGGCACAACAGACUGCGAUGCGGCGUGCCCAGGCGCAGGAUGAGGCGCGGGCGCGUGCCGGGAUGCAGGCGCUCGGCGUGGAGCUGGAGCAGCCGGAGCCGCCGGUGGUGAAGGCGCCGCGUAGUCCCGUGGUCCCGCCGCCGCGGUCGCUGGGCUCUGCCAGCUGCGACUCUGUGCCGGGUUCGCCUGGAGUGUCCCCGUACGCGCCACUGCCGCCCUCCAUACCGCUGCCGCAAGCGAUGCCACCUCUGCUGCCGCCACAACAACCGGCGGUUUCCUUAGAAAAUUUGGUGGACAACUGUAACAAGCUGCUUGAGAAAUUCCACUAUUCCUGGGAGAUGAUGCCUUUGGUCCUGGUCAUCCUGAAUUACGCAGGCAGUGACGUGGACGAGGCCUCACGGAAAAUAGACGAAGGAAAGAUGAUAAUCAACGAAUACGCGAGGAAGAAUAAUCUGAACGUGUUCGACGGGUUAGAGCUGAGGAACUCGACACGCCAUGCCGUGUUUUGUGUGGACGCUUGCUGUGCGAUGCUGUGUUGCGAACGACAACGGACUUUACUGUGGCUACCUCCGGUGUGUCGCCCACUGGAUAGUCCACCAAUGGCGGAUGUACGAGAGGUCCAUAUGUUCACUGCUGGAGCUGCAGGCGCGCAAGGGUUCCUGCUCCAUGUGCUUCACGGAGUAUGCUCCUCCCUUGCUGCCGCUGCCUCUCACCACGCAGCGACCCUCACCGCCGCCUGCGCACUUGUAGCGAUGCGACCAUGCGCCGCGACCGGCGGCGCAGGAGCCCUCGACGCCCCCUUCGACGUCAACAUCGACGUCAGCGGCGGGCGAAGGCGCCAGUCGCUCGUAGGGCGCCGGCGUCUGACGUGGGACUCUGUGUAUAUUCCCAGGACACCUAGUGCUAGAUCUGUUAAGUUACGCCCACACGAAAAUGUACCUUAUGUUAUGUUGUUAUAAGUAUCAUACUUUCUCCACGCACUGUCACGUGAUUUGACCUUGAACUUACAAACCAAUUUCGCUUCGUGAAUGUCUCGACACUACUUUUCGUUUCAAAAGACAAAUAUCAGAAACUUGUUUAAAAACAAAGCAACAGAUAAUACCUACAGAUAAUUUGUCUAUGCCCUAAAAAUUAUAGAGUAAAAAUGUAAAAUAAGGUUAUAUUCACAUAUCGGUGCGUUCAAAUCACAAUCCAUAGAUAGCUUAUGUUUAUUUUUUUACAAAAACUUGUAAUUAGAAGUCGUACGAUGUAUAUCGGUGUCCAUCAUUUGUGUGCGAGCUCUACUUUGUAUGGCAACACUGACAAUUAUGUCACUUGGCCUUUUGAUUCCCUGUCAUCAGAUCGGUUUAUCAGUAAAAGUAUAAAUGUACUACACCUAGCAUUGAAAGAUAGUCAUCGAUCAGCGAUUAUUUUUAAUAGACCCGUCAAUUUGCAGGCACAAUUUCGUGUUCAAUUUUAAAAAUAUUGAAUUGGUCCCUUGCCCUAGUUACAACGCGGUGUUGUAAAAAGGGUUAUUGCUAUUGCGUCUGCCGGGCAAGGCAAAGUACUACUGGGUUUUAGUAAACGUAAGUUAAAAACGAGUAAGUACAUCUUCGGCACUCUGAUUAGGCUCCGAUGAACCCACCAAUCAGAGGGCCCAACGCGGUCUCGUUUCGAUUACUUCAAACACGAAAGAAACUCGUACUAAGGCCACAGAGUUGGUGUUAAUGUAUUCUUCUCUGACGUCAUCACACGGGAUCUUAACAACAUAAUUUAUAUUGACAAUCGAUUGCUGCAUUACUCAAACCAAAAAGGGAUCAUUGAAAUUAAUGGCAGUCAUUAUUUUUAAAAUAUUUUGAGUCAAAAUUGAAACGGACAUGAUGGAAUUAAUUAGCAUAUUCACUUGCCGUUAUUCGUCACACGUAGGUAAGAAUUAAAGGAUUUUUUUAAAAUAUUUCUCUUCAGUUAUCUGUAUCAUAUUUUAAUUAUUUCAUACUAAUUUAGACUUGACCUUUUUGUAAAAGAUUAUCGGUUCUGUACCUAAUUUUGAAUAUACCACUCAAGAAACAACAACAGUCUGACUCAGCCAAUAUAAGGAACUCUUGUUAACUAAUAGUAACUGGUUCUUAAGUCAAACGUUACAAUAUUAAUGACCAUAGACACAGAUAGGGAUACGCAGGCGUCGGGCGGGGCAUACAAAGUACCGCCCCCUAUCUAACAAGUUACAAGUAGUUGAUACAUAGAAAAUAGAUUUAGCACCCUAUUUUAUGAUCCUUUUGGUUUAAACAUUAAUGUAGUAACAAUUUAUGGGGUGUUAGCUUCGUAUAUGUCAAAUAAUUUUAGUAGUGGUGGUUGACCACCUCUACUAGGAAGCUAAAACUUAGGUUCAUGAAUCGAAAAAAAUAUUCUUAAAAAUCAAUGUGACGUAAAUUGAAGAAAUAUUAGAUCGGUUUCAUUGUAUAUCUGUUAGCAUUAUGGAAUCAACCUUGCGAAAACAAAUACACGUUUUAUUGUGCCUACAAAAUAUAAAGAAAAAUGUAUUGGCGGGAAUCAAAACGUCAAACUAUGACAUUGACAUGUAAGUGACAUAACGAAGUGGUAUGAAAAAUAAACCAGUGAUUGUUUAUGACUUAACGAUCACAGUUGUCAUCGUGAUCAAAAUAAUUGUUAUUAAAUAUUGCAACAUUCACAUUUCUUACUUAUAAUUAAUUAUUCCUUUUCAUUUGUAUUAAACAUCACAGUGUGUUUCUAUUAUUCCUAAAGCACGCACUACUUUUUAACUUUAUUCAUUCCAUCCUAUAAAAUUAAAGAACUUUGUACUUGCGUAGGUUUGGUCAGGUAUAUUAUGUGAUAUUUACGAAAUUUUGAAUUGGUUAUGAUCUCAAAUUCAUAAACUGAUAUUUUUUUAAUGUUUUGAUUAGUAUUUUUUAUAUAAAAUUGUGUGUGGUAUGGUAAUGGUUUUCCAUUGUAAGAAAUAAUGUAGUCUGUACUAUUUUAGAAAAAGUCGAUGAUACAAUUUUCGCAAUGGAAUUUCAUUUUUUGAAUUUGCUAACCUACAAUUGGGUACAUCGUAAGUAGAAUUCUCUAGCGAAUAUCAUUUAAUUUAAACAAAAGUUUGAUACAUUAUGUUGUAUUUUAUAUUUUGAAACCUAUUAAAUAAUUGCUAGUCACGUUGAGAACAGAAUAAAAUAAAAACCAUUUUGUUUUUCGAAUACUUUUUUUAGUUUUUACUUUUAUAAACAAAUAUUUUUGUAAAAUUUAGCGAUGUAACUUUCUAAUUUUCUCGUUUCUUAACUAGCUACUGUUUGUAGGUUUCUUUUAAUCUAACACAGCCAAAUUGUCUGUAAUGUCUUCAUGGAUUUUUUGUUCAUUACUUAAGAACAUUUAUAUUCAAAGUGAUUUUUUCAUUUUCGUGGUAACAAAACGUCCAAAAAAAUCUCCUAACAGCCGUACCAAACUUCGUCCCUUAGAAAUCGACCGUCUCACAUUUUUCAUAGUUUUCAUACUAUUAACUAGUACGAUUUCAAGUAAAAUAUUAUAAUUAUUCUAAUACUUCGUAAGGAAACUUAGAGUGUAUUCAAGAUUCUACGCACCUACGUCUUUACAUAUUGUAAAUAAUUUGUAAAUAUAUAAUUACAUUGACGAGUUGUCAGGAUAUUAUUUAGUUUUAAUAAGGUAAGAAGUACUCCAAACAGGAGUGGUUACCUUAACUGUUAUAAAUUCUCUGAUUAUUCAUUUAAAGAUAAUGUCAUUGUGAAUUUUUUGUUAAUAGCACAGUAAGAACUGAAAUAAUUGUACCCUAUUAUUAUUGUAGUUGUAAAUUGUGAAAGGAUCCUAGUAUUUUUUAAGAUCUAAUAAUUUUUAAGUUUUAGGAUUUAACGUUGACAUUACUUAUUUAUGAUUAUUGUUGUAACUUUUAGAUUAACAUUUCAAUGUUAAACUUCCGCCCAUCGAAUCGAGGCAUCACAAUUUUUGUGAUAAUCAAUAAGAUAAAUAAAAAUUUAGAGUACCUACCUACUACCUAACUACUUAAAUAUGAAUGAAAAAAAAAGUUCUUCGUAAUUUUGUCCAAUUCGUGAGUCCAUUAAGAUUACGUAGUGUCGAAAUUAAAGUAGAUUUUUUAUCUUUACGCGAACAUAUUUAGGUAAAAAGCCAAAGUUGUAAUGUCUAGCUGCUUUUGUUUAUCAGAUAAUUGUAAAAAGAAUCAUAAGUACCCCAAUCGUCCGUAACAUCUGGUGCUUACGUCACAAUCUUCCUAAAAUACAUUUUUUCUCUUUUGUAUAGUAUAAGAAGUCAGUAACAGCACAUAAAUUAAGCGACAGUCCAUCACAGUAGUAUAGCUAACAAAUUUAAAUUAACGAUUUAAAUAUUUAAGAUUAGUUUUUAAGGAAUUGCUGUAAGGAAGUGGUUUUGGGUCGGUAGAGGCGACAUCUUUUGCGGAAAAAGUUUUGUUAUUAUCAUAUGUUGUUUUCAUUAAUUUUGGUCCAAUUUUUAGUUGGGAGUUCAGGUUCAAACACCUAUGGAAUCAGCCAACAAAAUAAUAAAAAUGUUGCAAUUGUUGAAAAUGUUGUCAUGAAACCUUACUCUCAACUGAACGGUUGGUUUUAAAACAUAGUUCACAUUUGCAGUUUUAAAACGUAAAAUAACAUCUCAAUAACAUUAUAACCUUCAGACAACCGUACAGGGUUUAUUUGUUUGAAAACUGUUAAAUAUUAAAUAAACAAAUUAUCGUUAAGUGUUACAGUACAGUUAGAAACAUAGGUCUUUGCUGUCAAUCCUACUAAAAUAACCAAUUACGUGUAUUGAUUAAAAAGAAAAAAAAAUGAUUUUGAAAGACUAGGUAGGGUUUUUGAAAAAUAAUUAUACAGGAUAAUAGAUAUUUAUAAUUACACAGAUUGUUCCGAAUAAAAAAGUGAACAAAUAAAAAUUGCCAAUAUUAAUAAAAAAAGAUGUAUAAAAAAUUUUGACAACUUAUGUCGACAGUUUAGUCGUUAAGUUUCUCGAUACUACCGCAUUAUUAAAAUUAAAUUAAAAAGUGCCUACCUAACUUCAAAAACAAUA